AUGAUGGAGCCACAAAGCCAAUGCCAGCCGGCUGCUGACGAACUGAAUGUCUCUCAAAGCAAUUACUCCUACGAUGGCACAAGUUGUAUUGCAAAUCUGGACAGCCAUGGACAGGAGUUUGAGCUGUCCUUCUGGAGCGUUGUCCUCACCAUCAUCUUGGCUCUCAUCACUCUUGCCACUUUGUUGUCCAAUGCAUUUGUAAUUGCAACAGUCUAUCAGACCAGAAAAUUGCACACCCCUGCCAACUAUCUCAUAGCUUCAUUGGCAUUCACUGACCUUUUAGUGUCUAUUCUUGUAUUGCCAAUCAGCACCUUGUAUACUGUCAUUGGCAAGUGGACUUUGGGGCAGGUUAUAUGUGAUAUGUGGUUAUCAUCUGAUAUCACUUGUUGCACUGCAUCCAUUCUCCAUUUAUGUGUUAUAGCCUUGGAUAGAUACUGGGCGAUCACUGAUGCAGUUGAAUACACCAAGAAAAGGACUCCUAGAAGGGCAGUCAUUAUGAUAGCUCUAGUGUGGGUCUUCUCCAUAUCGAUCUCUAUGCCCCCACUUUUUUGGCGUCAAUCAAAAGUGGAAGAGCUCACCAUGUGUUCUGUGAAUACAGAUCACGUUUUAUAUACGGUGUACUCUACAGUUGGAGCAUUUUAUGUCCCUACAUUACUUCUAAUAGCCCUCUAUGGGAGAAUUUAUGUAGAAGCCAGGUCUAGAAUUCUGAAACAAUCUCCAAAGAGCACAGGCAAAAGAUUGACAAGGGCUCAUCUAAUUACUGACUCUCCCGGAUCUUCUUCUGUGUCCUCCACCAACUCAAGGGCUGCAGAACUGUCAAGUGACACAGGUUCUCCUGUAUACCUGAAUCAAGUCAAAGUUAAAGUGUCAGAUGCUCUACUGGAGAAGAAGAAGAUCAUGGCUGCCAGGGAGAAGAAGGCUACCAAGACCUUGGGAAUUAUACUUGGAGCUUACAUCGUGUGUUGGUUACCAUUUUUCAUCAUCUCACUGGUUAUGCCCAUCUGCAAAGAAGCUUGCUGGUUUCAUCCUGCUAUAUUUGACUUUUUCAAUUGGCUUGGAUAUCUCAACUCUUUAAUAAACCCCAUUAUCUAUACAAUGUCAAACGAGGACUUCAAGCAAGCUUUUCACAAACUGAUACAUCGCUGUAGCUGCUCUUCAUGA